AUGGCGCCAAGACCGAUUUUCACCAUUACGCACCCACGCGCGUGCUCAACAGCUUUUGAACGGGUUUUCAUGACCCGCAGGGACGAACUAGCUAGCCAGCAUGAACCCUUUGGUGACGCAUACUAUUUCGGACCCGAAUGUGUCAGUGAGCGGUUCAAGGACGACCCUGCUCGCCGGGAAGAGAGUGGUGUAUCAGGUGCCACGUUCAAGAAUACAUUUGAGGGAUUUGAUGAGGUGGCAAGACAGGGCAAGCGCGUCUUCAUCAAAGACAUGGCUUACUAUUUCUUCCCAGCCCCCGGCGAGAACACUGAGAUCGCGGCAUCUCUUGGUGGUGGCGUAGAGCCAAAUAAUCCAACCGUAAUUCCUUUUGAGAUGUUGAAACAAUUUCAUUUCACGUUUCUCAUCCGGCACCCGCGUCGCUCUGUCCCCUCUUACUGGAGGUGCACUAUCCCACCUCUGAGAGAAGUCAGUGGUUUUGACUACUUCCUACCCAGUGAGAUGGGAUACGAGGAACUCGUCAGAUUUUUCGACUGGGCCAUCGAGAGAGGCCUCGUUGAUAAGGAUCGGCUGACGGUUGUGGAUGCUGACGACUUGCUUGACAACCCCGAGGCUAUUAUCCGCAAGUAUUGUGAGAGAACUGGGCUCACGUUCGAUCCGGGCAUGCUGAAGUGGAACGAUGCAGACCAAGCGCACGCAGAGAAACUGUUCGCGAAGUGGAAUGGUUUCCAUGAUGAUGCUCUUGGGAAUAGGGAACUCAAGGGUAGAUCCCAUGCUCAGAAAACACUCACCGUCGAGGCUGAGAACAAGGAGUGGGAGGCCAAAUAUGGCAAAGAAGCCCAGCAAAUCAUUCGUGAGACUGUUGACGCCAAUAUUCCCUAUUAUGAGCAUUUGAAACAGUAUUGUCUGAAGGUGUAA